AUGGCGUUAACACUAUGUGGCAGAGCUCGUCGCUUUGUCUCUGCAACAUCAGUUCAUAACAAUGAUUGUCUUCACAGACUGCAACAAACGGGAUCGGAUCGGUUUCAGCUUGGUGAAGCAAAAGCAAUAAGAUUAUUACCCAGGAGGACGAACAUGGUUCAAGAAUUGGGAACUAGAGAAGAAUUGAUGCAAGAAAACAGAGAAGUGGAGACAAGUUAUGAUUUUUUGGGUGAGAUGAGACAGAGAUUUCUGAGAUUCAAGAGACAAAAGUAUCUACCACAGAUAGAAAAGUUUCAAGCUUUGGCCAUAGCUCAAUCACCAAAGGAUAAGAAACAGGUUAUGGUGAUAGGAUGUGCAGAUUCGAGGGUAUGUCCAUCUUAUGUACUAGGAUUUCAACCUGGUGAAGCUUUUACUAUCCGAAAUGUUGCAAAUCUCGUUACCCCUAUUCAGAACGGAUCAACAGAAACCAACUCAGCUCUUGAAUUUGCAGUCACUACUCUUCAGGUUGAGAACAUUAUCGUAAUGGGUCAUAGCAAUUGUGGAGGAAUCCAAGCGCUUAUGAGCCAUCAAAACCACAAAGAGAAUCAAUCUAGUUUAGUAGAGAGAUGGGUAAUGAACGGGAAAGCCGCUAAGUUAAGAACACAAGCAGCUUCAUCACACUUAAGCUUUGAUGAACAAUGCAGAGACUGUGAGAAGGAAUCUAUAAAGGAUUCUGUGAUGAAUUUGAUAACGUACCCAUGGAUAAGAGAGAGAGUGAAGAGAGGUGAAGUCAAGAUUCAUGGAUGUUAUUACAAUUUGUCAGAUUGUAGUCUUGAGAAGUGGAGACUCAGUUUAGACAAGAGUAACAAUGGAUUGUAUGUUUCAGACAGAGAGAUAUGGAGUUAG